AUGGGAUUUAGUGACAAUUGUAGCAAAAUGAGUGAUCUGAACCUAUUGCCCAAAAAGCACACCAAUUUCAGCAUCGAGCGUAUCCUGCUCAAACAAACGGCCACCUCCGCUGCCGACGGUGGUGGUUCACCCACGGCCAUGUCUCACUCUCCCCAGCCCCAUCUCGAUCUGAUCGAGCAGAAGGUGGACCUGACCGUUAAGACAUGCCUGAAAAUAGUUCAAUCGGCCACCGACCGAACGGCUGCCGCCGGGGCUACUUCCGCCUGUACGGUGACCUCGAAGAGUGUCAUCCCUGUUGUGGCCACUCCAGGCGCCGGAACUUCACUGGUGACCCCCGCUACCCAAGCACUACUGCUCGCCGGCCCACAUCGGCCACUGAACCGCGUUCUAGACAACCCGUGGUGUUCACGGGGACCACUGAUGUUCGAUCCCAAGCUCAUCAGUGCCGGGCCCGCAGCACACUUCGGUGCGGGCAGUAUCAAACCGGCAUCAUCCCGCGGUGCCGUCGGCGAUCCCGGUAGUCCCGGACUGUUGCCCACCACACCACCAUCCCCCUCAUCGUCCUCGACGUCGUCGCUCAUCAAAGCGGAAGUCGAGAGAAAAGUGGUGCUAAGCGCGUAUGCUAAUAAUAGUGUAAUUGAACGAAACAGAUUAUCUAUCAAUUAUCCUUAUCCGGUUGGACUGUUCAAUGCAUACGCGUCGGCAGCGGCUGUCGCAGCAGCAGCCGCUACCGUAUCAUCGGUUCACCACUACCAGCAUCAUAAUCAACAGCGAGUGACCCCGUCAGCGCCGAUCGCCCCGUCCGAUGCCCUCCUUACCGCCGGUACCGCCACGGCAUCGAUCGUGUCGCAGCAUAAUCAGCAUCAUCCCCGUUCUGCAGGUUUGUCCGCUGCUGCCCUAUUGGCCGGCACUGGUACGGCUCCACUCGCUGCGAGUGCCGCACUGUUUAGCAGUUUCUAUCAGCUGCACAAAAGCGAUGAAAACCAGAACAGCAUCUUCGAUCAGGUUAGUGCAGAGGACGAAGGUGCAUCGGACGGUGGCACUACGGUUACCUCCGGGGACGGUGGUAAGGAUUCGAAAACGGAUCUGCUACAUGCGCACCAUCUGCAUCACCAUCAUCACCAUCUUCAUCGUCAUCACGAGCCCGGCACGGCGGGUACUGCUGCCGGUGGCACACUCUGCACCCUCAUGUUUCCCGAGUGUUCGUAUCAGUGUGCGAUUUGUGAUAAAAUUUUCGGCAACCAGGACACACUGAUGACACACGAAAAGAGUCACAAAACACCGCGCUUCGAGUGUGAAGAAUGCGGUAAAGGAUUUUCCCAGCUGCGCAAUUACAAAUAUCACGUGUCGGUACACCGUGGGACGAAGGAAUUUGCCGCCAAGUGUCCCGAGUGUGGAAAAAUGUUCAACGACAAGGGCUACUUGAGCAGCCAUCUGAAGAUACAUCGGAACAAGAAGGAAUACUCAUGCCCACACUGUCCGAAAUCGUUCAACCAACGGGUGGCAUUCAACAUGCAUGUUCGCAUACAUACAGGUGUUAAACCACACAAAUGCAACGAAUGUGGAAAACGUUUUUCUCGAAAAAUGCUUCUCAAACAACAUCUGCGUACUCAUUCAGGAGAAAAGCCUUACCAGUGUUCCGUAUGUGGCAAAAGCUUUGCCGAUCGAAGCAAUAUGACGCUGCAUCAUAGAUUGCAUUCAGGCAUUAAACCGUUUGCGUGUCCCAUCUGCCCAAAAGCGUUCACCAAAAAGCAUCAUCUCAAGACCCAUCUCAACUAUCACACCGGCUACAAACCGUACAAGUGUCCCCAUCCGAACUGUGGACAAAGCUUCACCCAAUCAAGCAACAUGCGGACACAUGCUAAGAAAUGCCAGUUCAAACCACUAGAUUCCGAAUUCGUUUGA